AUGGAAAAGGGAAACCAAACCAACAUCUCCGAAUUUCUCCUCCUGGGCUUCUCCAAUUGGCCAGGGCAUCAGGCACUCGUAAUCUCACUUUUCCUGUGCCUCUACUUAACAGGACUAUUGGGGAACUUGCUCAUCUUGCUGGCUAUUGCCUCGGACCAUCAUCUGCACAGACCCAUGUAUUUUUUCCUUGCCAAUCUGUCCUUGGUAGACCUCUGUCUUUCUUCAACUACGGUUCCCAAGGUGCUGCUGAAUAUCCAAACACAGACUCAGUCCAUCUCCUAUCCUGCCUGCCUGGCUCAGAUGUACUUCAGUAUAAUGUUUACCAACAUGGGCAAUUUUCUUCUCACAGUAAUGGCAUAUGACCAUUAUGUGGCCAUCUGUCACCCUUUGCAUUACUCCACCAUUAUGACCCAGUGCCUCUGUGCUUGCCUGGUGGCUGUUCCCUGGAUCAUUGCCAUCUUGAACCCCCUCUUGCACACCCUUCUGAUGGCCUGUCUGCAGUUCUGCUCUAACAACGUCAUCCACCAUUUCUUCUGUGAUAGCAACUCUCUCCUCCCUCUAUCCUGUUCUGACACCAGCCUUAAUCAGUUGAUGGUUCUGGCUGUGGUGGGGCUGCUCUUUCUGGUGCCUUCAGGGUGUAUCCUGGCAUUCUAUGCCCACAUCAUAUCUGCUGUGAUGAAAGUUCCUUCUGCCCAAGGAAAACUCAAGGCUUUCUCCACUUGCGGAUCCCACCUUGUCUUGGCCAUUCUUUUCUAUGGAGCAGUCACAAAGAUCUAUAUGACUCCCAUAUCCAAUCAUUCAACUGAUAAAGACUUAGUGGCAUCAGUAAUUUUUAUUGUGGUAGCCCCUGUAUUGAAUCCCUUCAUUUACAGUCUAAGAAACAGUGAACUGAAGGGCUUAAAGAAGGUCCUAGACCAAAGCAAAAUCUUCUCCCAGUGA